AUGUUGAAGUCACUCCCCCCUGUAUUUGUUUACUCCAAAACCAAAACCGAAACCGAAACCAAAGUUGUGGAAGAUUGUUGUGUCUGUUUGUCGGAGUUUGAAGAGAGUGACAAGUGUCUGGUUUUACCCAAUUGUAAACAUUGUUUUCAUAGUGGCUGUAUUCACAUGUGGUUUUCUAAUCAUUCAACCUGCCCGCUUUGCCGCUCACCUGUUGUUAUUGUGGAUCAAGUAACAACGCCUCAUCCUACUACUACUGCUUCAUCUAUCCAAACAACAACAACAACGUCGGAACCAGCUGUAGUUGAUGUUAGAAUAGACAUUGUUCGUGUUGUUAACGAGACCGAGCCAGAGAGUCAGAUCACGAGUCAAGUUGAAGAAGAAGAAGAAGAAGAAGAAGAAGAAGAAGAAAUUAGUAUUAACAUGAGUCAGUCUCUUGUUUGA